CACUUGGAUGUAAGCGGGGAUUUCGAGAAGUCAGGGUCACUCCGUUUAUCAUUUUCGUUUAUUGAGGUCAAUUUGUUCACACUAGCUACGAUGAGUUUGAAUUUAACGGAUGAUGAGUUAGUGGACAUGACAACAGCUGAUCUUCGAUUGCUGCUUGAAAAAAAACGUUUAACAAUUGAGGAACACAAAGAACUUCGUAGUCGGAGGCGUCGCCUGCAAAAUAGAAAAUACGCACGUAAAUGUGCCAGCAAAAAGCAGUCCGAAGUGGAAAACUUAGCCACCCAGGUGGAGGAAGAGGUCGUUGAAAUUCAGGCUCUAAGAACCCAGUUAUCACGGACCAACUUGGCAACAAAACACUUGGAACACCAAUUACGCCGCAUAAUGGAAUUCAAGGAAAAGUGUCUCAAUAAUGAAAGUAAUGGAUUUCAGAUAAAGACCGUCCGCAUGUUGGAUUCUAACGGUCAACCUGCUGGAUUUGCUUACAUUAAUUCGACGUUCUCUUCUAAUUGUAUGGGUCCUGAGAUUCAUGAAGUCGUCCAUCCAAAAGAUCAAAGUUGUGAUGUCAUAGGAAUUGCAACUUGUUCAAAGCAUAACCCUCUAUCUUCAGGUUCCAGUAAGUACAAAUUUAGCCUAGAAGAACACCCUUCCAACGUUUAUCCACGUCAAAUACCUACGGUUUCGCAAAUGUCUUCAGGCCUUGGCUUCCCUAGUACAAGUUCACCCGUACGUUUUUCAUGUAACCCUCCUUGUCACUUCAAAAAUCAUCUUCAAAUGCGUCUGGUUAGACCAGUCGGUGGAGGCUUCGCAUCACACAGCAGAGGCAUGUCCGAAUACUAAUAUCAGCUCCUACUGUCAUUUCUCUUCAGUUAAAUACAGCACCCCGAAUACUGAUAUCAUGAAUGGAAUAAUUUAUUAGCUCAUAUUCAUGCAUGUCUGAGUGAACCCAAGAUUUUCCAUUUUACUGUGAUCAAGUAUUGUUUCCAUUGUUUUCUGUUCAUUGUUCUAUGUUAAUGCUAAAGUUUUGUGGCUUUGGCUCAUUUAGAAUAAAAACAAGUAUAAAACCGUUUCUUUCAACCCCAUGUUUCAGUGCAAAAAUGAAACUUUUACUACUUAGUUAAUGUUCAGUGUUUUUAUACUCUGGGUUGGAGCGUGUUACCAAGAUUAGAAAUAACAGUUUUAUCUUAUCGAUGUUAAGCUGUUUUUUUUUAUGCAGAAUAUAAGCAUGACUAAUUACGUUUCUGUGGAGUUCGUUAAAAUGGUAUGGAUUGAUCGCUCGAUGUAGUGGUUUGGUCGACAGGAGGUCAUAAACUCGAGUUCUUUGUUUAUUCUUAACAAAACUUAUUCAAGUAUUUGUGAUCUUUCGUAUAACUAAUUUUCGCAAUAAAAUAUCUUGACAAUUUGACACGGAUAUUUACUGGAGCUUUGUUAAUCACAAACAAUUAAUAGGUUUAAAAAUAGCAGUAAUACCUACCGGUUACUUAAACCAACAGGAUAAAGAAUGUUAGUCGGUUUCGGGGGCAUCUUCUAAGUUGAUAAACGCUCGGGAACUCAUAUAGUCAAAUUCCGAACAUGAUGAUGGGCGAACGUAACUUCAACCGUAGACUAACCAAUAAUAGGCAGCGAAUGCGAAAGAGAUAAAAAGUCUGGCAGCGUUAGGUAAUAGUGGACAACGUUUCAUAAUUACUAGUGAAACAGGUAUUAUACGUUCGUGUAUUAGUGAGAUAGAUGACAGUUCUAUUUGACGAAGGCUCUGACAGAAGGUAGAGUCUUCUGAUCGUCUUGAGCAACAGUGUAGACAUGUUUUUGAUGCG